AUAAUAAACAAGUGUGCUCCUUUGUUUACACUGUGACAGUAAAUGAAUGCUAUUCACCGAGGUUUUCACCUUUCCACAGUAUUCAACUAACAGGUUCGAACAGGCCCCCUUAUUUGAAAUUAGUGCCCGGGCUGGGCCCCUCCAAAAUAAAAGGCUGAUUACGCGCCUGGUUGAAGAUGAUACUUGUUCAGUUUUAAGAGGUCAAUUUGAUCAUGAAAUACAAUUUAACGACGAUGUUGAUCAUUUUUUUGCGGAAACUGAUAGUCUGGUCAUGUUUUGAAUCUGAUUUUACUGAUGAAGAUAACUUUCUUCCCCACACAAUUGAUCAGUCAUAUUUCUUAGAAAAUUCAUACCUUCUAUCUAUAUAAAUAAAAAUGAAUCGCCGAAAUGUAUGUAUCGGGAAACGAAGAAGCUGACAGGGCUGCUAAAGAAGCAGUCGAAUCGGAAUCUGCCGAAGAAAUUUUGUUAGUCCCAUCACCUGACGCCAAAAGUUUAUUUAAACAGGCUAUCAUUCAAAAGUGGCAAACAGACUGGACCUCUACGCCUACAGCAUUGCAGCAGAUUAAGCCAGAAGUUAACUGUAUACUUCCACUUCCGCCAGAUCGUCGUGAUCAAGUCGUUUUAACGCGGUUGCGAUUAGGACACACUCGGCUCACCCAUGCAUACCUGCUCAACCGCACCUCCCCAGCUACUUGCCAGCAAUGCGGAUGCGGUCAAACUGUCCAGCAUCUCAUCUGCGAUUGUCCCCACUGGCAAACCCAACGCAACCAUUUCCAAAUAUCACCCAACCUCGCCGAAGCUCUAGGAAGUACCAUCCCGAACAUGGUCAACAUCCUUCUGUUCCUUAAACAUAUUCAGCUGUUUGAAUGCAUAUAGAAGGGUUUUUCUUUUUAGUGUUGCAGGAUGUGGGUCAUCGUUUUGUUCCGAAAAGAGAACUCCGUGCUGUAGUGUUGGUUAAUGCAAAAUAAUACAUUAUGUUGUUGGCCGCCAGUUCCAAAUCUUAGGAAAUUGGGUUUCAAAUGUACAGAACCUGAUGGAAAUUGGUAGUUUUUGGAGUGAGACUCCUAGGGAAUCAAAAAAUAUAUGGUUGGAAUAUUCUGACGUAUAUCGUUGGGCAUAAUAGUGUUUAUAGGUCAGACUGACUUGAUGGGUGAUGCUGAUGACAAAGGUAAAGGUAAACGAAAAAAAUAUAUCAAAAAUGAUGAGUGAAUCAGAAUUGGAAUCAGAAUCAGAAUCGAAACAUCAUGAGAACAAUAAUAAUUUAGAAAGUUAUCCGGCACUACCUCCAAAUGAAAACUUAUUUGAUAAUCGGAGAGUAUUUAGAAAUAUCUCUUUUCAAGAUUUUAGUGUAUACCACACAUAAUUAUAUCCGGCGAUAUUGAUAUUAGUUAAUUUCAUGAUGCUUUUAGUGUAGUUAGAAGUGGCCAAUAAAAUUUGAUGGAAUGAAACAAACACCAAAGAGAUUUUCUGUGAUACAGAACUACAAAAGGCAUUAUUUGGUAUGUUCCCAACAUGUUUUUAUAUAUAUAUAUAUAUAUAUAUAUAUAACAGGUGUUCAUUUUUAUUAAAUACUAUUUUUAGGGGGAAUUUAACUAAAAGGUGUCACCGAAAAGGACACGGAAAAAGGUGUCGGUUUCGUCAUUGGUUUUUAAGUGUUUUGAUAAGAAUUCUACGAGGUCUCGGUUUUCAGAUUCCAAAAAGGAUCUCAUACAUAUCCAUAAAUGGAAAGUCUUUUUAAGAACCCGUAUAUUGCAGACCGCAAAGAAAAUCAAAUUUAUAAAAAUUAUCGAUAUGUGAAAAUCAUUUUGAAGAAAAGGGUCUUAGUUGUAAUGGAAGGUUAACUAGCACAGCUGUCUUAAGGAGUCUGCUUCAAAAAGUAAAUAACUAAUGAGAACAGCCGUGAAAGCUUUCAAUCUAUCACAGAUAAAGGUUGCUGUUUUACACAAAGGUGUUUCAAAACUAUAUUUUCGAUCCUACACUAGAUUCGACAUACAAAGUGGUACUGUGUUUGUCCAUGAUUACCAAAACCAAGUAUAUUUAUUUCUGGUUUCAUCGCAAGAUCCAAAUAGCAGUUCAAAAAUUGAACAAAAUAAUGCAUCGCUAUAUGGUAUAGAUAAACACCGAGAACAUAGCGGAAAACGAUGUUUGAAGGCAAUGAGAUUUCCCCAAGAAAUAAAAACAUUAAGAUGAUUACGUCUUGCAAAAGUUUUCAAUGUAAUAUAGAGUCAAGAAGCUAAUCAUAUUUUUUCUUACAAUUGAGACAACAAAAUAAAACAACUAUAUGGUCGCAGAUACAGCGAAGAUGAAAAGCUUAUGGCAUUAUCUAUGUACAAAUACUCUAGAAAAUGGUACAGUUUUUUGGGAAGGAUAUUUGCAUCACCAAGUCGACAAACGAUAAUAAAAAUAAUUAAUACAAUCCCUAUAAAUGCGGUUAUAAAUAAUAUGCUUCUUGAAUACUGAAAGGAAUGUUCUGCUAAAAUGAGGAAAAAAGGCACAUUCUGUAUACUUAUAGGAUUUGAAGAUUUUGGUCACAGGGAAACUCUGGAAAUAGAGAAUCAUGAACUUGUAUUUAAAUUACGCGGUGUAUUUUCUAGAUGGCAACAAAGUUUAACCUCCACCUUUACAAAUUCAGGAACUAAAACGAAUCUUAGUGUAGUGGCAGUAGUUUGUGAUCAGGGUUCAUCCAAUCGAGCUGCUAUUAACACUUUAGUGAAAGAAUUAAGUAUGGGCUCUAAACGACAUAUAAUAAUAAUAAACAACGAACAAAUUAUACCUUUAUAGAAUUCUAUCCAUCUGAUAAACGGCAUUCGAAACAACCUUCUCAAUUAAAAUUUAAUAUGGGAACAAGAAAAAGUGUAUACUGCAAAAUAACAAGAUAUUGAAAAUGCUUAGGUAUGUAUAUGAUAGAUGGAAGGAGUGGUGAAUUUUCUGCUAUGCCAAAACUAACUGACCAGCACGUCAUUCCAAAGAGAAUAAAUAAAAUGAAAGUUUCAUUCUACACUCAAGUUUUCAGCUAUACAGUUGCAGCUGCUGUCAAUUUAAUGGGUAAAAAGUUGGUUUAAGUUUAUUUCAACCGAACUUCCCACACCGCUUCUUUAAUUUAAUUUAUAAAAUUUGAUUUUGCGAUUUUUGUUUUGUGGUAACUUCUAUAAAGUAAAAACCAAUGGCAUAAAGAACAUCCCCGCAGCUCCUGCGCCGCGGGGGCGUAAAUUGCAAGAUAUAUCGUGGUCCGCAAAACUGUGAACGAUAGAAAAUAUAUUUAAACCAUAUAACCAACGGAAAAUGAACUCGUGGUUAACUUCGAGUAUUUAUGUCUAUACUUCGAGAGAAUUCGACUAUAAUCACGUACAAUCAUCAGCGGCCGCAUAACAGGAAAUGAAAUUUAAUUGAUUUUGUCUCCUUAAAACAGAGGAGUGGACUGAUAAAUACAGCCAAAUGGUCCGAAAAUUAUUUUGGAUGAGCAGCUGUUACUGAAUAUACACACCGCAAUAAAAAUUAUUUGCCAUGUAACAUUACUUCAGUUUUCGACUAAAUGAAUUGAAUUAAAAAAAAAUGUGAGGAGAUUCGAACCUCACUAGUGCAGACCUUAUUCGAACGCUUGGAAAGCAGAAAUUAGUCACCUCCUGGGGGCCCAGGCCAAGCAGCUAUAACGCAGUUGUUAGCAUGCGCGCGGGAAAUCGAUUAUAUUUAUAUACAACAUGUAGCGAAUAUUGCAGACACAUUUUUGUAAAGUAAUUGUGGUUAACACUAAAUGGGAAUUUUAAACUACAUAUAUACCUAAUUGUUAAUUAGUAUAUAAUUUUAUGCAAUUUAAAAAAUAUUUAUAUUAAAAAUUUUCAGGCGAUGGCACCACCUUGUUGGUGAGGAUGAUUAGAUACAUUUUGGUUAGAGUUGAACCAUCUAUAUGAUAAUUUCGGAAGUUUCCACUGUCAAGUCAAUAUACUGUGAUAAUAUAUGAUCGUUUUCUGGGU